UUCGCUAGCCCUUCCUUAAAGGUUCUAGCUUUGACACCACAUUUGCCAUUAACUCCCUAGUUGGGCCUCUACUUACGGAAGGAUGGCCAACACGACAAAGUGAACGACCUGUCGGUUAGGCUUCGAAGGGUUUUUGCUCUUUUUUGGUUUUCGAAGCUUGAUAGACAGAAACCCUCCAGAUAAUUUGCAGCCCAAAACUAGGAAAACCCGAAGUUGAACAGUGAACACAGAAGACACAAACUUCGUUGUAUCUUUUGCUCUGUUCUUUCUCAGUUUCAUCAAACAGGGGAAAGAUUAUGUCAAGGUCUAGACUUUCAAGAAUUGGAGUUGGGAUAGUUAAAGAGCUUUCAAGAGAACAAUGUACAGCCUUGUGUGGAAAAUCAUUUAUACGAAGGCCUUAUAGUGCAUGUUGGCGAUCUCAGGUCGAAUUACACCCAGAAUCUAAGGGGCACCAGGGUAGUAUAUUUCAAAAGCAUCAUCAGUUUUCUAGCACAGCUACCAGUAGAGAUUCUGCAGAUGGGAGUGACCCGAACGAGAUGAUAUCUGUAACAUUUGUAGAUAAGGAUGGGGAGGAAAAGGAUAUCAAGGUCCCAGUUGGAAUGUCCAUGUUAGAAGCUGCUCAAGAAAAUGAUAUAGAACUUGAAGGAGCAUGUGAAGGGUCACUUGCCUGUUCGACAUGUCAUGUGAUUGUGACGGACAUGGAAUACUACAACAAAUUAGAAGACCCAACCGAUGAGGAGAAUGACAUGUUGGAUUUGGCCUUUGGGCUUACAGAAACUUCUCGCCUGGGCUGUCAAGUGAUCGCAAAGCCUGAGCUCAAUGGAAUGCACUUAGCUCUUCCUGCUGCCACUCGUAAUUUUGCCGUUGAUGGGUAUGUUCCAAAACCACACUAGACAUGUUUUGGUACCAGAAUGUGUUUGUUGAGUGUAAAAAAAUGCAAUCUUCACAGUUUUGUAGCUCCUUUACUGUAGUGGAUCAAUGAGCAUCUCCAACAUUCGAGUCAUCCCUUUCCAUUGAUUAUUACAUAUCUGUCUCAAUAAUCACUUUCCCCAAGUCUUAAGAGCAUACAGCAUCAAUGUUACCAUUUUCUGGUCAGCUAAGUUGUUGCUAGACCUUGCAAUUUUUAUCAUAUAAUUUAUCUCCAAACUUUGCAGAAUAUGUAAUUCAGUGCAUAAAUUUAUUAUAUAACAUUCUUUCUCAA